AGCAGUAACUUAGAAACGUAGAUUGACACAACUUGUAAAUAAGCGCUACAGAAUGCGAUUAUUGUGUUUGUCAUUAGCGCUCGCUAUAAUCUAUAUUAUGGCAAUCAUGCACUCUUCUAGAGUGGAAGCGAGAGCAACCACUUCUCCUGAUUUAUCUUCUUCUUCUUCUUCCGAAAGUUGGGAAAUACCUCCAAAACCUCCAAAACCACCUACUUCUGCGGAUCUCGACGAAGAUGCUGCUUUAGCCAGACCAAUUGUUAAUGCCAUAGUGUAUUGGACAGGACAAGCCUUUGAAACGCAAUUCAACAACUCGAUGCAUAUGGCAGAUGAUUUAAAAAAUUAUCCACAGAGGGAAGAAGCAGUACAAGAGUACCUAAAUAAAACAUUAACUUGGUAAUUACGAAGGAAUUAUACAUAUAUGUACGAGGGACAUAUGUAUAUUUUCAACAAAACAUUAAAAUAUAUAUGUAAUUACUGUAAUAUUUGUUAUUGUAAUUAUUAUUACUGUAAUUGUUAUUCCGCAAUUACAAUUGAUAGGAAAUAAAUAACAUAUUUAAAUGUA